GUGGCAUGCGGCGGACAGUAGCCAUGCUGGCCUCUGGGUUGGUCACACUGGCCCUCCUGGAGGUGACCGUCGCCCUGAAGAUCAGCGCAUUCAACAUCCAAAGCUUUGGGGACAGCAAAGUGGCCGAUGACGGGACCUCUCGGUCCAUUGCCCAGAUCCUGGCCCGGUACGACAUCGCCGUGGUGCAAGAGGUCCGGGACCCGGACUUGAGCGCCGUCACCACCCUCAUGGACGAGAUCGGCAGGGUGUCCGAACACGCCUACGACUUCCUGACCAGUUGCCCUCUAGGGCGGGACAACUACAAAGAGAUGUACCUCUUCAUUUACAGGACAGAGGCCGUGUCGGUGGUGGACAGUUACUGCUACACAGACCCCGACGACGUGUUCAGCCGCGAGCCUUUCGUCGUCAAGUUCUCCUCGCCGCACACGAAGGUGAAGGAGUUUGUGCUGGUGCCCCUGCACGCAGCCCCGCACAAUGCGGUCGCCGAGAUCGACGCCCUCUACGACGUCUACCUGGACGUCAUCGACCGCUGGGGAACCGACGACAUCCUGUUCCUGGGAGACUUCAAUGCCGACUGUAACUACGUCCGGCAGCACGACUGGCCCGAAAUCCGCCUGCGAACCAGCUCCGUGUUCCACUGGCUCAUCCCCGACAGCGCCGACACCACCGUGGGCAACUCCGACUGUGCCUACGACAGGAUCGUGGUCUGCGGCUCCAAGCUGCGGAAGGGCGUCGACGCCGGCUCUGCCGGCAUCUACAACUUCCAGACGGCUUUGAACUUGGACCAGGAACAGGCGCUGACCAUCAGUGACCAUUUCCCGGUGGAAGUGACCCUGAGGACACGCUGAGAGGCCACGGGGGCCCGGGCGUGUCUCCCUCGGCUCCCAGCCCCAUCGCCGGCUCAGUCAGCCCGCUGUGGGGCCCCCCCGCCUCACCGGCCCACCAAAGCAAGGGGCAGAGCAGGCUGGGGAGAGGCGGGAACCGUGAACCCCACCUCCUUUGGUCGCGAGACUGGAAACCAACGAUUAGGAGACGAAACUGAGCGGCGAGCUCAGGGCUGAAGCCCUCGCCCCUCCCCACACCACAUCGAGCCAGGCUCUCCAGCCGGCCCCGUGCCGCCGUGUCUACCCCCGUCCAGCCCGGCCAAACUGUGAAAGGCAGGGGCAAGGAGCCCCUGGGGGCCCGGCCGUGUCCAAGGCGGCAGAUGAUCCCGGAAGCCCUGCUGGGAGGUUACUGUUCCACAAGGAUUAGAAGUCUUGGCCCAGGAGCUGCUCGGGCUGUGGUGGGGAGGGAAGGACCACCUGAGCCUCAGUGUGGGCCUGCCAAGGAAUUCCCCACCCCUCCUGGGGGCAAGGGGCCCGAGCUCCACCUGUGAGGACCCGCCCACCACCUCCCCCCACAGCUGGACCACGUGGAGGUGAGGGGGUCCCAGCCCUGCCAGUAAGGACGGUGCAGGCGGGGAGGGCAGCUACCGCUGCCCAGCGACGUGACCUCCCUGCCGGCCCCCAACUGAAUGCGACCUGUACCGAAGCGAUUAGACGAGCCCCCACCGCCCCCCCAGCAGCAGCUCAAGGUCCUGUCUCCACCUGCUGGGGGGGAAGACCCAGCUCCUCCCUCUGUGAGGGGGCCCGGGCCCACUCCUGCCCCCCCACAGAGGGCACCUCCCACAACCUCCCAGGAGGUCCCGCCAAGUGCAAAGUCUCUGCCAUCUCGAGCACUUUAUUCACAAUCUGCCCGCCCCACUACCUCCUGCACAGGGCCACGAUUCUCAGGUUGAAGCGCAUCUCCCUCCUUCCGUCCAUCGGCCUGCCCGCCCUUGCCCCUUCCCCUAACCCCCAUCCCUCCAACUGCCUCUCCUCUUGCCCUGCCAGAGCAGCGGC